UUUGAUUUAUCUGCUUUUAUAUUUAUAUAUUUAUUUAAUUAUUUUAAAUUUUGUAUUAAAUUUAUUAAUUUUUAUUAAAUUUAAUUCAUCCUCCUCUUGAAUUGUUUUUAUAUAAACAAGCUUGACUUUCCUCCUCUGCAACCCUAAUUUAGAUUGAAUGAAACCAUUUCAAUUAGACGAUCAACGGUUGGAAUGAGAUGGUUCGGUUUGGCCGAUCGGUUUUAUUGGUUAAAAGUUGGGACCGAUGAGAGGUCGCUCCUCAUUGUACCAGCACUCCACGGGGUAGUCAGAAGGCAUGCGGGUGUCCUGUAUGGUAGUCUGAAUACCGAAAAGACGAAUACGCCUCCAGUGAACUUUCAGGUCGUUCGACCGACCGACUCACAGCGCAGACGAAGGUGACGCAGAGAUGAGGAAACGAGAUUUGGCAAUUCUCAUGCUCGCCGCUUUCGCCAUUUUCUUCUCUCUUCAGCAUGAGGGUGAUUUUUCUUUUAGAGAGGCGUGGUUUCAUCUUUCUGAGGAAUACCCUAUCAAAUACGAAGCUGAGCGUCUCCCACCGCCCAUUGUCGCUGAUCUAAAUGGCGAUGGAAAGAAAGAGAUUCUAGUCGCAACCCAUGACGCCAAAAUUCAGGUGUUGGAGCCUCACACAAGGCGUGUGGAUGAAGGUUUCAGUGAAGCACGUGUGCUGGCAGAGGUGACUCUUUUGCCUGACAAGAUCCGCAUUUCAUCUGGGAGACGUGCAGUAGCCAUGGCCACAGGUGUUAUAGAUCGAACUUACAAACAUGGACAACCACAGAAGCAGGUCCUUGUUGUCAUUACUUCAGGAUGGUCUGUUAUGUGUUUUGACCACAACCUGAAAAAGCUAUGGGAAACAAAUCUGCAGGAGGAUUUCCCCCAUAAUGCUCACCACAGGGAGAUAGCAAUCUCAAUAAGCAAUUAUACAUUGAAACAUGGAGAUGCAGGAUUGGUAAUAGUUGGUGGAAGGAUGGAAAUGCAACCACAUAUUUACUUAGAUCCUUUUGAAGAAAUUGGGAUGGCAGAGAAAAAUGCUGAGCAGCAUCGAAGAAGUGCUAAUGAAAAGGAGGCUUCUGAAAAUGCUGGAACUGUGGAUUUGCGCCAUUUUGCAUUUUAUGCAUUUUCGGGUCGAACUGGUGUACUUCGAUGGAACAGAAAGAAUGAGAACGUACAAACACAGUCUUCAGAUGCAGCACAAUUAAUUCCACAGCAUAACUACAAGCUUGAUGUUCAUUCUUUGAACAGUCGUCAUCCUGGAGAGUUUGAAUGUAGGGAAUUUAGAGAAUCAGUCCUUGGAAUGAUGCCACACCACUGGGAUAGGAGGGAGGACACUUUGCUUAAGCUGGCACAUUUCAGGCGGCACAAAAGGAAAGCACUGAAGAGAACACCUGGCAGAGCUAAUAGUUACCCCUUCCAUAAACCUGAGGAAAACCAUCCUCCUGGGAAAGACUCAACCAAAAAAAUAUCAAACAUCAUUGGAAAAGCUGCAAAUUAUGCUGGUUCUGCAAAAUCUAAAAAGCCAAUGACUUACAUUCCUACCAUAACAAAUUAUACCCAGCUUUGGUGGGUUCCUAAUGUUGUCGUGGCUCAUCAAAAGGAAGGGAUAGAAGCUGUUCAUAUGGCAUCUGGCCGCACUAUUUGCAAGCUUCAUCUUCAAGAAGGUGGUCUCCAUGCUGAUAUUAAUGGAGAUGGAGUUCUAGAUCAUGUCCAGGUUGUUGGGGGAAAUGGUGCUGAGCAGACUGUUGUUAGCGGGUCCAUGGAAGUUCUGCGACCCUGUUGGGCUGUUGCAACCUCUGGUGUACCAGUACGAGAACAACUAUUCAAUGCAUCUAUAUGUCAUCAUUCCCCUUUUAACUUAUUCCAGCAUGGGGAAUUUUCCAGAAACUUUGCUCAUACUCCAGAUGUGGGUUCUCUGGAGGUAGCAACACCCAUUCUUAUCCCAAGGGAUGACGGUCACAGGCAUCGUAAGGGAAGUCAUGGUGAUGUUGUUUUCCUAACAAGUCGAGGGGAGGUAACAUCAUAUUCCCCUGGCUUGCAUGGCCAUGAUGCUGUUUGGCAAUGGCAACUCUUGACAGGAGCUACGUGGUCAAACCUUCCAUCUCCAUCUGGGAUGAUGGAUUCCAGUACAGUGAUUCCAACACUGAAGGCUCUUCCGUUGCGUGUUCAUGAUAAUCAGGUAAUGAUAUUAGCAUCUGGAGAUCAGGAAGCUGUAGUGAUAUCACCAGGUGGAAGUCUGUUAACAUCGAUUGAUCUUCCUGCACAACCCACACAUUCCCUGAUAUGCGAUGACUUCUCAAAUGAUGGUCUCACUGACCUCAUUCUUGUGACCUCUAAUGGGGUGUAUGGCUUUGUUCAGACCAGGCAACCCGGCGCCCUCUUCUUUAGCACACUGGUGGGUUGCCUUAUAAUUGUAAUGGGAGUUAUAUUUGUUUCCCAACAUUUAAAUUCCAUGAAGGGCAAACCCCGCUCUUCAUCUGGUCCUCGUUGAAGAUAGAGGUCCUGCACUCUGUUACCAUCACUGAAGUUUGUGGCCCUUGUGAAGAAGCAAAACUAUUGAUAAAGGUUCGUGAGAGUUGUGUGAAGUUCCAAGUAGUAGAACAUCUGAUCUAGGCAUAAUAGGCUUCUAGGCAUGAAGGGUUCGAUAAGUAUUUCUGGAUCCAUCAUAUUGUUCCUUACAGGUUUCAACAUUGAAGAUAUCUUGGUUGUAAAAUUUAUAGAAUUACAAUCAGCAGAGGACUUAGAACCAAAUGUUAUGUAGCUUUGGUAGAUUUUGGAAUCUGCCUCGUAGUUUAUCAGAUAGAUAUGCUAAUGUUCUGUCUCACAGCUUAUAGUGCCGAGUAAUUUCUUGCAGGCGUGAGGGUUAUGAAAGACCUUGUCUGUAGCAUGUGCCUUAUUUUGAACCAGGCCAUUGUUCGUUAAAGAUGAUGGUGUGCCUUUGUGGGUACAUGGUUUUCUUACAAAACCAGUCCUGGUUUUUAUUUUUUUUCCCAUGGUGUUUAGGGACUGUUAAAAGAUUUGUAUUAGUGAAAGGAUUUUGUUAACACAAUUGCAAUUGGACGUGUGUAAUUUCUGUUA